AUGGCGGCUGCGCGGCCAUGGUCCACCCUCCACCUAGACCUUCUCUCCCGUAUAUUCCUCCUCUUGUCGUGCGUCGCCGACCGCAUGAGGGCGUCCGCCGUGAACAAGCACUGGCGCCGGGUCGCGCUGGAGAAUCCGUCGCCGCUGCCAUGCCUCCUCAUGCCGUCCACCGCCAGGACCGAGCUCUAUCGAAUCUUCGGCGGCUUCGCCGAUCCGCGCCCGCCCCUCUACGCCGAGGGCCGUGGGGAGCGUUUCUGCGGCUCGGCUGCGGGCGGCUGGUUCGUGGUCGCAUCCCCGCGCUGGCGCGGCCAUGCCCUGCUGAACCUCCGCACGGGCGAGCGCGUCCCCCUGCCGGACCGCGUGCGCAUCCCCAUCGAAUCCGGCCACAUCACGUGCCCCAUGAUGAUCCGCGCAGCCGCCAUGUCCACCGCGCCGCCGUCCGGCACCUGCUUCGUCGCCGCCAUGACGUCCAGCCAGACCAACAUGGCGUUCUGGCGCCCGGGUAUGGACCGCUGGUUGUCGGCGCCGGUGGGGAGGGCGCCGCCGGAACCGCGCUACGCCCAGGACCUGACUUUCCACGACGGCUGGUUCUGCGUCGUGGACUCAGAUGAUGACCUCUUCUGCUACAAGGCAGAAAUCGCCCCUGCUGUAGCUGGAGACGGCGGCUCUUCGCUUACUAUUCAUCGUAUCGCUUACAAGAUCCGUCGUCACCCCUUGAUGGCCACGACGGAACCCGGGGAGAUCGUCUCUCGCUACGUCCUGCCCUCCGCCUCCGGUGCCGACCUGCUCAUGGUGUGGAGGUUCGUCUCGACGGCGAGGGGGGGCACGUGGCGGUUCCAAGUCUUCAGGCUACAGAAGGCACAGGAGGGAUUGCCGGCUUGCUGGCGCUUGCACAAGAUGAGCGGGCAGGUGCUCUUCGUCGGCCGGGCCUGCUCCAAGGCCUUCGACAUGGGGCACGCCCGCAGCCCGGGCUACAUCUACUUCCUCGACGACGUGUACCCUGGUGGUCCGCACAGAGUCCUCGAGCAGAACCAGUAUCCCUGCGCCGAUGCCGGCGGGUGGCGUUACUCAGUCCCCGAUGACAUUGAGAUCGAGCGUUGCCUGCCAUCGGCGCCCCCCUCCGACACCUCGCCGUGCAUUUGGUACCACCAUCAAUGA